AUGAAAGCAAACAAACCGGAUCAUGCGCAGCUUCAGAGGUGGCGAAUUGCGUUUGUGGCGAAUAGAAACGAGAAUUUUGUGGAUGUGAUUGAUGAGUUGUGGAGGGAUUCGUGGUCGUAUUCGGCUGGAUCUGAGCCGAUGCUGAAUUUUGCUGAGCGGGCUGCUGUUGGGACUGGGGCUGUGGUUGUUGUUGACUUGUUUGAUGCUGAGGAGGUUGCGAGUGAUCGUAAUAAAAAUUCGAUAAAGCAGUCGCAAAUGGCUGAGCUGAUGUCAUCAUCAGUCGAUUGA